AUGUAUGGCAUAUCUAAUAGAAAUAGAUCUUUAUCAUUAUUCUUCGCUGUCUUAUGGGUACUUACAGUUGCAAUUAAUCUUGUUAUGUUUGCUAUACUAUUUCUCUACUACUAUUUCAACUUUUCUGGAUUGCGUGAGCGACUUGUCUAUUCCCUUCAACAAUCGUCUUCCAAGACAAGAAAAUUACUCGAUGAUAUUCAAUCUAAACAUUUAUGUUGUGGAAUUAAUAAUAAAGAUGAUUACAAAAAUCUUUCUCUUGCUUUAUUUCCUCAAUCAUGCUAUCUUCAAUUGAAUUAUUUGAAUAAAACUGAUAUUAAUAAUAACGGUUUAAAUAAUACAAAUUUAUUGAUGAAUACUGGUGGUUGUAAUUCAAUCGUUAAUGACUAUAUUACUUUUCAAUUGUGGACUAUAGGUGUUAUUAUAUGUGUUAGUGUUUUCUUACAGAUAUUGGCAAUAACAUCUAUGUGCGUUUUAAAUCAGCGUCAUCAAAAAUUUGAUGAAAAUAAAAAAUUUAUGAUUAGUCGUUUGGAUGAUGAAACAUUAUCUAAUGAAAAUGUUAAUAAUAACAACAAUAACAACAUUCAUGACUCAUGUAAAACUAUUGACGAAAUGAUUGAAGUAACGCAAAUUUGA